AUGGCGAGGNGCUGGCGGCAGGUGGAUGAGAUAGCUCUUGAUCUACUCGACAAAGCCCGGAANGCCGAGAAGUACCCGGCUAGGUUCAUCUUCAACGUCGACGAGACAGGCCUCCAGUGGAAGCUCAUGCCCAGGCGCACGUACCUUUCCACCUCGGAGGAUCGGAAGACGGCGCGGGGCUCAAAGAGCACGCACUUCAAGGACCGACUGUCUGCCAUCAUGUGCUGCAAUGCCGAUGGCACUGCGAAGGUGGACAUGGCCAUCAUCGGGAGGGCAAAGGAACCCCGCUGCUUCAAGAACGGGGGUUCACCUCUGAAGUACUUCUCGCAGACCAACGCGUGGUCCGACUCCGCGACGUUCCUCAAGUGGUGGCUUGAAGUCUUCCUCCCGUUCGUUCGGCGCUUCACUCACGAACCUGUGCUGCUGCUGAUGGACGGCUGUUCGUCUCACAGUGAUCUAGUGGAUGAUCGCGGGCAAGUUACCGUCAUGACCUACCCUCCGCUGUGCACCGCCGUACACCAACCCAUGGACCAGGGGGUCAUCGCCAAGACGAAGGUCAACUACAGGAAGGAGCUGCUCGAUGUGAAGACAUCAACCAUGUUGGUGGCUGACACACUUCGCGCCCAGGCCAAAGCCCGCAAGAUGAAGGCCGGGACAAUGGGGCUAGCGCAAGGGCACCAACCUCACGUGCGGGACGCCGCUGAACGUCUCCAGAAAGCAUGGGCCAGCGUCACCGCUCAAGACAUCGCCAGGUGCUUUGUCAAAGCCGAGACGCUUCCGGAGGAGAUGGCGGCUGAGCUCACCAAGCAACACGGAAAGACCCGGUUCAACGUCGCCGAGCCUGACCUGAAGGCUCUCGCAGAGACUGUCAACACGUUGAGCACGAGCGUGCAGGACGCCCAGAAGCAGGGAUCCUGCGUCGUGGACGAGGAGAUCAGCGAACUGUUGGCAGAACUCAACAUCGAACCCGGAAAGCCGGUCGCGGGGGAAGCGGUGGCCGCGAUUCAGGGGUGGGCUACCAUCGAGGACGACGAGGAGGUGGUAGAGGCUCUUCGAUUGGACGCGGUGGAAGACAUGACAGCACUGCUGGCUGGAACGAACUUGUCUACCGGCGGCGACGACGAGGAGGACGAACAGGACUAGGGCGGCGGCGGUGAGAACACGGAGCGCGAGCGCCGUGCCUCACGU